CUUCAGGUCCGCACGGAACCGUCCCCUCGCGCUUCCUCUAGCGGCUCCCCUCUCCCGCCAUUCGCUCUAAGUCCUUCCGGGGCCAGGAGAUAGCGACACCUCUUCAGCCAGCCACAGCCUGGGGCUUCGAGCCACGCUAGGAGGCGGGCGGUCCGGGAGGGACGCUGUAGCCCCCACCUCAAUUUCAGACCCUCUCUCGGCGCGGGGGCGGGCUCUCUGGUUUCCCGGCGUCCCUUCCGCUAAAAGUCCCGAAGACUUCCGGUGCGGGUGGACGUCGCCGGCGGCCCUUGCUACGUAAACUCCGGGCGGGGCCUGCGGGAGCCUGGGUGUUGAGCCGUGUUAAUUUUUAGGCGGUGACUGUUCAAUGAAGAAAGACCUGCGAAAGGAUCAGGACAGGCAGGAGAUAGUUAACUGAAAGGAAUCUGCCCCACUGCUACAACCAAAGCAGAUGCCUUCUUCGACUUCACCAGACCAAGGAGAUGACCUGGAGACCUGUCUUUUAAGAUUUUCAGACUUGGAUUUGAAAGACACAAGUAUUAUCAAUCCCAGUAGCAGUCUUAAAGCGGAGCUAGAUGUCAAUACAAAGAAGAAAUAUUCAUUUGCAAAGAAAAAGGCAUUUGCCCUUUUUGUCAAAACCAAAGAAGUUCCAGCACCGUCUUAUAAAGGCAAAGAAAUAUGGUGGAAAUGCUGUCAGCAACUGUUCACGGGCCCCACCAGCAUCCACAGACACGUGGCGGCACAGCACGCUGAUGAGGUUUGGCACCAGACUGCUUCUGUUUUGAAGCAGCUCGCUGUGGCAUCGAGCACCUCAAAGAGCCCUAAGUCUGCCGACAAAAGGAACCCACCGAAAGAGUGCCUUACUCAAAACCAUGACGUGUCUGCUUGGCUCCCUGACAUUAGUUGCUUUAGCCCUGAUGAGCUGAUAAGUGGUGAGGGCAGUGAUGAAGGAGAGGUGUUACUUUAUUACUGCUAUCGUGACUUGGAGGAUCCCCAUUGGAUCUGUGCCUGGCAGACAGCUCUGUGUCAGCACCUGCACCUCACAGGCAAGAAUGCUUUUUCCCUAGAUCUUCACAUGGCUCACUCCUCACUUCAAAUCUCUGCUCAGAUGUUAUCUCCUCAGAACUCUAAUCUGAAGAGGUCCUUUUUACCAGCAAAGGAGGAGCUUGCUGUUUCCCAGAGUUGCGUGUUGGUGUAUUUGAAGAAAUUGUGCCUAUGGGGAUCAGUCCCAAUAAGAUCUCCUACAAGAAGCCUGGGACGCUUCCAGGGCUGCUUAGCCCCAGACAUCAGGAAAUUCAGUUACUUCCCUAGCUACGUUGACAGAAAUCUAGACCUUUUCAGAGAGAAGAGGGUACUGAUGUAUUGCACUGGGGGCAUCCGUUGUGAGCGGGGUUCCGCUUACCUCAAAGCCAAGGGAGUGUGCAAGGAAGUGUUCCAGCUCAAGGGUGGCAUCCACAAGUACCUGGAGGAGUUUCCUGACGGUUUUUACAAAGGGAAAUUGUUUGUUUUCGAUGAGCGUUAUGCUUUGUCCUACAACAGUGACAUAGUGUCAGAAUGUUCAUACUGUGGAGCCCCAUGGGACCAGUAUAAACUCUGCUCCACUCCCCAGUGCCGCCAGCUCGUCUUGACCUGCCCCGCCUGUCAAGGACAAGGACUCACAGCCUGUUGUGUCACAUGUCAAGACAAAGGGAGCAGGCCGGCUUCAAGCCCUGCCCAGCACAGCUUUAAAGAGGAAUGUGACUGUACAGCCCGACGGCCACGCAUACCCAGUGAGCUUUCACAGCAGGCGCCACCCCCCCUGAGCCCAGAGCCAAGACCUGAUGUUGCUGAGGAUGGGCCCUGCUUGUGUGAGCGGCACCGGCAGCAUUUCCCUGAGGCUUCACAAAGCUAGGUUUGAGGCAGCCAUGUAUUCGGGAAUAUCCAGGCUGCAGCAACAGAGAAAUGGGGAACUUGGGUGCUGGCCAAUGACACCAUGGCACACUGGUCACCUAUUGGCCACUUAUCCUACAUAAUAAAAGCCUAAUAUGCUAAGUG